GGGAUGCGCCUGGCUGCAGCCGGCGAGGCUAUUGUCUCCCCGCCUUGAAGCCAGCGGCGUCCUCCUGCAGCUCCUUCCUUUUCCCGGGCCUUUUUAAUUUUCCUUUUCAAAAAGACUCCCCUGCCAGCCCCCUCGCCGGUGACCUUGGCCGCCUCGGAUGCUCUGAUUCCCCGCGGCUCUCUCCAACUUGCCCCCGCGCUGGCCGGGCCCAUGGCCGCGUCGGAGGACGGCAGCGGCUGCCUCGUGUCGCGGGGCCGCUCGCAGAGUGACCCCAGCGUCCUCACCGAUUCCUCGGCCACCUCCUCCGCGGACGCCGGGGAGAACCCAGAUGAGAUGGACCAAACUCCCCCAGUGCGCUCCGAGUAUCUGGUCUCAGGGAUUCGAACCCCCCCUGUGAGGAGGAACAGCAAACUGGCCACCUUGGGCAGGAUCUUCAAACCCUGGAAAUGGAGGAAAAAGAAAAACGAGAAGCUGAAGCAGACGACGUCAGCGCUGGAGAAGAAGAUGGCGGGCAGGCAAGGCCGCGAGGAGCUCAUCAAGAAGGGGCUGCUGGAGAUGAUGGAGCAAGAUGCCGAAAGUAGAACGUGCAACCCCGACGGGGGCCCCCGAUCUGCGCAGAGCGAGCCCUCCACACCCAAGCAGGAGCCGCUGACUGCGGAGGAUGCCCAGCCGGGAAGCCCCUUGGCCACGGGCACAGACCAGGCUUCCCUGGAUGAGCCACUGUCCUCGGCCACCCGUUUGGACGACGCAGCCAAGAUGCCAUCUGCGUCCAGUGGUGAAGAAGCAGAUGUCGGCAGCCUUCUGCCCGCCGCCGACGAGCUCUCCCAAGCCUUAGCGGGGUCUGACUCCCUGGACAGUCCUCUCAGACCUCUGGAGAGAUCCGCGGGCCAGCUGCCCAGCCCCCCACUGCUGCCCACCCCGCCGCCCAAGGCCGGCGCCAAAACCGCAAAGAAUGUCACAGGCCAAGCAGCGCUCUUCCAAGGCUCCGGCGCGAAGAGCACUGACCCCCCGCUCCGAGGACAGCUCUCCACGCCCACGGGGUCUCCGCAUCUCACCACCGUCCACCGGCCGCUGCCCCCCAGCCGCGUCAUCGAGGAGCUGCACAGGGCGCUGGCCACGAAGCACCGGCAGGACAGUUUCCAAGGCCGGGAAAGCAAAGCGUCUCCGAAGAAGCGGGUGGAUGUCCGUCUGUCCCGAACGUCCAGCAUGGAGCGGGGCCGGGAGCGGGAGGAGGCCUGGAGCGCCGACGGGCCCCCGGAGAGCAAGCGGACGGCGGCCAAGGAGUCCGAGGAGAACAAGGAGAACCUGAUCGUGAACUCCGAGCUCAAGGACGACUUGCUCUUGUACCAGGACGAGGAGGCGCUGAACGACUCCAUAAUCUCUGAAUUCACGGUUAUGAUGGCAGUGGUGCCAGAGCAGGAGAAACCACAUAGAGUGAAAGUGACAGAAGGCAGACAGGCGGUGCAGCUCUCCCUAAGCCGACGGCUGAGCCAAAGACCAGCUGUGGAGGAGCUGGAGAGAAGAAAUAUCUUGAAACAAAGGAAUGAUCAGACGGAGCAGGAAGAAAGAAGAGAAAUCAAGCAGAGAUUGACAAGAAAGCUAAAUCAGAGGCCCACCGUUGAUGAAUUAAGAGACAGAAAAAUUCUGAUCCGAUUCAGCGAUUAUGUGGAAGUAGCAAAAGCGCAGGACUACGACAGGAGGGCAGACAAACCCUGGACAAGACUGUCAGCCGCAGAUAAGGCAGCAAUUCGUAAAGAAUUAAAUGAAUACAAAAGUAAUGAAAUGGAGGUACAUGCAUCAAGCAAGCAUUUGACAAGAUUCCACAGGCCAUAGAGAUUUUCUUCUGAGAAGAAUUUGUGUUUAAUUUUUGAUACCAACACUGAACAUUCAUCAGGGAACUUUCCUGAAGUUCAGCUCAAGACUACCUGCUGUGUUUGUGAGAAGAGCAGGAUCACACACACAGGUGCAAUCUUGGCCACACUUACCUGCCAGAGGAGUAACCAGAGGACACACUUCCUUCUUUGUUGUCUGAGGAGUGUGAAAUGUUGGGGUCAGUUAAGACCCAAAGUAACUCUACCAGAAGAAAACUGUCGUUUGCCUUUCAACCUUGUUUUACAGCUCUGCAGUGUGAUGGAGGAUGGGCGCCAUGCAUGUGCAGGCUCACCACUCCCAGGCCUCCCCUGACCUGAGGGACACGUGACACAGUGUCAUUCAGUAUUAUGUUGAAAAGACAUUUUUAUCUUGAUCACAAUUAAUUUGAAAACUCUUUAAGUUCAUGUUAUACAAAAUGAUUUACUGUAUUAUACUUUUUCUUUUUUUUAUAUAAUGUCUAACAAAAAAUACAGAUGCCACAUUUUGAUUCCUGUUAAUUUUGUUCUUUAAUUAAAUGAUUACUUAUUGCAGGAAAUUAA